AUGGAUUUCAUCAAGACCAGUUCCCUGCGUGCUCUGAUUGAGUUAACUUUCCAACGCAAUUGGAAUGGCAUCAUUUGGAUGAGUAGAAAAGGAGUUAUAGCCAAAAGAGUGGAGACUGUCCAGACGGCUCUAUCGAGAGAACAGCGUCCGAAACGCGCGCUCGGCCAAAGCUGCGUCCGUCCGACUGAAGUCUCGGCCAAAGUCCAAACCACUCGGCCGAUCACGCAUCACGACCCGGGAAACAUCGCCCGCGGUCGGCCAAGCCACAACGCCACGCCACACCGCGCACGACCAAAGCGCGCGAGCCGGGAAACGCCUCGCGGCCGCGCAACUCCUCCGUACCACGCACGAACGCUCCGUCCGAGCCGGGAAACUCCCGCGUCCGGCCGAGAUUUCAUCGGCCAAGUUCAUCCGCCGACCACGCCGACCGACCGUGAAUCCGUCCGACCCCGACCGUUCCGACUCGGCCACGACCCGAUGUCCGGCCGAUCGUCCCGCACGACCGUCCCAACGCCGCGGUCGACCCGAAGCCCUUUUGAAGCCCAAACUUAUGUUUUCAAGCCCGGCUUAACCCUAGCCGCCUCUAGAAAGACCUAG